AUGUCAUCAAAACCACUUAUUCGUUUCCAAGUGAUACAUUAUUAUCUCAUACCGAUAAUAGCACUAAUAGUAUGGUGGGGGAUGUUAAUUGCCAUGUUAUCAUGUUGGGGUGCCCAAGGUAGACCAAUUUAUUCAUUCAUGAAUGGGAAAUAUCAAAAUCCAGUAUAUAUUUCCGAUAUUGGUGCCACUAAUCUUCAACCAUUAUUUAUCUCUUGUACUGGUUUCCAAGCAAUUUUCUUUGUUGGGACAUUAAUUAUGGGUGCUUAUUUACGUUAUAAAUCAGGUAAAAUCCAACCAUAUAUUUCUAAACAUCAACCACGUUUAGCCAUUGCCAGUAUAAUUUGUGCUACUAUUGGACAAUUGGGGAUUUUAUUUGUUGCCAUAUUUAAUACCAAAAAUUUCCAUCCAGUACAUAUUUCUAUGGUUGGUGUGUUUAUUGCCUUUUGUUUCUUAGCAUGUGUUUGUGAUUUUGCCAUUUCUUUCAUAUUUGGUACUCAUCCUUCUAAAUUAGAUCCAGUUCAUGAUCAAGUGGUAUUUGGUACUUCUAAAUACGCCAAUUUAUAUUUUGUUUCAUUCAUGAUGAAAUUAAUAUGGUUAUUUGCUGCAGUAGCAUUUGCCAUUUGUUUUGGAAUAUACAUGAAAACCGGUCAAAAUUCUAAAUCAGCAGUUUUUGAAUGGUUAAUUUCAUUUUGGUAUGGAUUAUUAUUGGUAAUGUGGUCAAUGGAUUUGUUGCCUAGUGCUUUAAGAAAAUAUAGAUUUAAACAUCCUGAUAGGUAUCCUCGUUAUGUCCAAUAUCAUGGUAAUAUCAAUUAUAAUAAUAAUAAUAAUAAUAAAAAUAAAGCCAACGACGAUUAUGAAAGUCAAUGGAUGAAAGAUGCAAGAGAAGGUAAUUCAUUUUCAGAAAUCGAUGAUAAUCAGACUUAUGUAGGAAAUGGAGGUCCCAUGUCUCCUAGAGUUUUAUAG